CCCAAUCAUGUGAUUCAGGUGUCCCAAUCCCCUCCAUAUCAUGUGAUUCAGGUGUUCCAAUCCCCUCCUAAUCAUGUGAUUCAGGUGUUCCAAUCCCCUCCUAAUCAUGUGAUUCAGGUGUUCCAAUCCCCUCCAUAUCAUGUGAUUCAGGUGUUCCAAUCCCCUUCAUAUCAUGUGAUUCAGGUGUUGCAAUCCACUCCAUAUCAUGUGAUUCAGGUGUUCCAAUCCCCUCCAUAUCAUGUGAUUCAGGUGUUCCAAUCCCCUCCAUAUCAUGUGAUUCAGGUGUUCCAAUCCCCUCCAUAUCAUGUGAUUCAGGUGUUCCAAUCCCCUCCAUAUCAUGUGAUUCAGGUGUUCCAAUCCCCUCCCAAUCAUGUGAUUCAGGUGUUCCAAUCCCCUCCAUAUCAUGUGAUUCAGGUGUUCCAAUCCCCUCCAUAUCAUGUGAUUCAGGUGUUCCAAUCCCCUCCAUAUCAUGUGAUUCAGGUGUUCCAAUCCCCUCCCAAUCAUAGUCAAUAGCUAAAGACCUCCAAACUUGGUGUGGCCUUCAGAUGAGCCCAACAACAGUGCGUAGAGAGCUUCAUGGAAUGGGUUUCCAUGGC